AUGCUUAGAUUUCUCGGAAAUGAUGAAGUUAAUUGGAGAAAAAAAAUCGGACUGCUCGGGUUUACUGGCCGCUAUAUUCGCUUUCACCCUGAGAAGUGGAUUAACUUGCCUUGUCUUCGGGUGGAGCUCUUGGGAACUAAAGUUUGUUCCGCUCCCUUGGGAAUGGAAUCAAGACUAAUACGAAACUCGGCCAUUCGUCAUUCCAGUUAUCAUUCAUAUUACUAUGGCUAUCAAGCAAGGCUCAGAAAUAGUUAUUAUUGGUUACCACAAAAUGCGGAUGAAUUCGCCUUCCUUAAGAUUGAUUUUGGGGCUUACAAACAGCGUUUUACCGCAUUGGCUAUACAAUCUGGGGGUGGUGGCUUUGUGACCAAAUUCAAAUUAUCCUACAGUGUGGAGGGCUGGUCGUGGAGGAACUGGAUCGAAGACGCUCGCGAACAAAUUUUUUAUGGAACUAAAAACAGAAGAAGCAUCAGGAGAUUUUUUUUGCCGUAUUCUGUAGAAGCACGCUACUUACUAAUUAGCCUUCUAGCUUAUGUCGGAAGUAGGGAUACUCGUAUCGAGGUCUAUGGAUGUAAAGGGGAUUAUUCUGCCCUUACGGUGGGAGUUCAGCGCAUCGACAAAAUUGCCAAUUCUUCUAUGACCGCCUCAAGCUGGAAACCUGGUUACUACCCUUAUGCAGCGAGGUUGUACGGGUCGAUUGGAAGUGGUUCUUGGUGUGCGGCUGCUGCCAAAAAAGAUGAAUAUCUGCAGGUGGAUCUAGGAACACAAUACAACUUGGUCAAAAUAGGGCUGCAAGGUGACGCUGCAUCGGGCUCAGGAGUAAAACGGUUCUACAUUGCUUACUCCGGAAAUGGAGGAAAGUGGACUGAUUACAUGAUACAUGGAGUGGCAAAGCAAUUUGAAAGUGUCAGUGGUGACUCAUUACUCCGAACCGUUUUUGAACGAACUUUUAUCGCGAAGAUGAUCAGGAUUAUCGUAAACAGCUGGAACAAUUGGCCGUGUUUGAGAAUGGAGCUGUAUCACACGGGUUGUAAAAACGACUUGAGCUUCAGUCUUAAAGAAGCCAAAAAUGGAGGAUACACAGCAUCAAGUUUUCUUGGACCUGGGUUUGAGCCAUGGCGUGCAAGCAUUCUCAUUUCAAGCAAACAACAUGGCUGGUGCGCAGAAAACAGUUCAGCCUCAGAGUAUUUGCAAAUUGAUCUGGGAAUUCUUCAUCAAGUCACUGGAGUUUUGACCAGAGGAAUCGUUGAAGGGGUUUUAGAGAAGGAAGCCUGGGUGGAACAAUACACGAUUCAAUACAGCAUACUAGGAGAUCACUGGAUUGAUCACAAGGAGGAAGACGUCGUCAAGAUAUAUGAUGCAAAUGCAGAUGCAGUUUUUCCAAAGAGCCAGGUCAUCAAUUUCCACGCCCGUUUUGUUCGAGUGAUUCCUGAACAGUGGCAUUUUAGACCAUGCAUGAAGUUGGAACUCAAAGGCUGCGAAGAGUGUUCAUCCCCAUUGGGAAUGGAGCAUGGUGAGAUCAACAGCAACCGAAUAAAAACAUCAACUCCUACCUCAAGAUCUACUAAUUCUCGACUACGCCACGGAUAUGAGUUUUUGGCUAGUUCCUCCUGGGACCCAUUUAUUCAAGUUGACUUAGGGCCGGAAAAUAAACGACUGACGGCCUUUGCUAUGCAAGGAAGGGAUAACACUUACAAUACUUGGGCCGUCUACGUGAAAUAUGCAAUCGGGGAUGGGUCAGAAUGGUUUAAUUAUACAGAAAAUGGAGAGAAAAAGAUAUUUGAAAGAGACCAACACAUGGACAUGAUAAGCAAACAUUUCUUCAAACGUACCUUUACGACUCGUUUCAUUCGUGUUAUGUUACUUACAUGGUCUUUUGAUGCGGGCGUUAGAAUUGAACUGUACGGCUGUCCAGUGUGCGAAAAUCCCCUUGGCAUUGAAGGUGGUCUUCACAACAUUACUGUAUCCUCCGUCCGUGGAGUUGGGUACGAACCUUGGCGGGGACGACUUAACUCUGCAGGGAUCUGGCGCCCUUACACCAAUCAAAUAUACGAAUUCCUUCAAGUGCGCUUUGAUCAAGUGAUGACCGUAAUAGGUAUUGCCACUCAGGGUGAUAGUGGCCCUUGUGGAAGAGUUAGGAGAUUCUGGUUGUACCAUAGUUUGGACGGAAUGCGAUUUGAAUUAUACAACGAUCCUAUAAUGGGAAAUACUUCGUUCCCAGUCUCACUGGGUUUUCAAGCCCGGCAAAUGUUUAUGGGAGGAAUGACUUAA